GAGAAGACAAAUUUGCCCUCCUCUUCUGAAUCGCCGAGCGCCACCCUUCUCUUCUCGUGUUACCGACUCAGCAGCUCUCCUGUGUCUCCCCAGAUGCGCAAACCCUAAUAACACCAAUAAAUCACAAAACUGCUCCGACCGACCACCAAUCUUCGCUGUUGGAUGCCGCCCCAUCGCCUCCGGCCAGGGUCGAGCUCCUCCACGCCUUUUCUGCCGCCGCCGCAGCCAACGACGGGCCCCUUUCUCUCGGCUACCUGAGUACCUCUGCCAAUCGAAGUUCCUCCAAAAAUCUCAAAUGGUUGGAGGAGCUAGAAAUUUGGUCAGUGAAACAGCUUCCUGACAAACCGUGCUUGGGCGCUGGUACUCAAAAAUCGGUAAAAGCUUCUCCGAUUCCUUCUUUUGAAGCAAGGCAAUAUCCCAUCACAAGAGCGUGAAGCCAUUGUUAUUCUAGUAUAGCUCACAAUUCUCGACCAAAUUCUUUUCAUCCUAAUGGCGGGCAAGAAGCUUGUCCGGGACUUGGUGCUCUUGGGCCACCCUCUUCGUCUCCACCUUAGUUCUCAGCCCCAGGCUUCGAGUUCGAGGCUGAGGUUGAUUACCGCAGGUGGGCACCCGUGUAAUCGUCGAUACAGCGUCUUUAAUGAGUUCUCUAAGAAAGUUAAAGGCGAAGCUAGCAGCAAUCCAGAGUUUCAAAAGUCAGUGAAACAGCUGAAAGAAAAAGCAGAAGAGCUUCAAGGGGUGAAAGAGGAGCUUAAAGUUAGAACAAAACAGACAACUGAGCAGUUGUACAAGCAUGUCGAUGGUGUUUGGACAGAGGCUGAAGCUACAGCAAAGAAGGUUUCUGCCAAUGUGAAGGAAAAAAUAUCUUCUGCAACUGAGGAGGUCAAAGAACAGUUCGGGAUUGGGAAGCAAGAGGAAUCGGCAUCCGCAAAUGGUUCAACAAAACACGAUGCUCACACCAAAGGUGGAAAUGAUGGCAAAGGUGAUAACACAGAAUCAUUUUUUGGCAAAUACAGAACAAACUUCUUUUCCUCUUCCCCUAAGGUAUCGUCGACUUUCCAGAAGCUGAAGGAAGUAAAGGUUGUUGACUUGGCAAAGAAGGGAUAUGAUAUUGUCAAGGAUGAGUUGAGUGGUAGCCCCAGUAAGAGAAAGCAUAUGGAUCAUGCACCUACUACGUCAACAGUUGAAAGAAGUACAAGAACUGACAUAGUUGUUCUACCUUCUAAGCAGUCUCCAUGGAGUAAAAAGUGGGAAGCAUUUAAGGGGAAGGUCAAAGGGCAUCCUAUGUUCAAGCGUAUUGGUAAUGUGAGCGACCCAGUUGUGACGAAAGGUCAUGAGUUCGCAGAAGAUAUAAAGGAAAGAUGGGAAACUAGUGACAACCCUGUUGUGCAUAAAAUCCAGGAUAUCAAUGAAACUCUCUUUCAAGAAACAGAUGCUGCCGCAUCAAUAAAGGAAAUACGCCGGCGAGACCCAUCUUUCUCUUUACCAGAGUUUGUGGCUGAAGUCCAGGAAGUAGUGAAGCCUGUGCUUAAUGCUUACAUUAAGGGAGAUGUUGAAAUUCUAAAGAAAUAUUGUAGCUCUGAAAUAAUUGAGAGAUGCAAAGCUGAGCAUGGUGCUUAUAAGAACCAUGGCAUCUUUUUCGACAAUAAGAUUCUGCAUGUGUCUGAUGUUGACGUAAGAGAAACGAAAAUGAUGGGCACUUCACCAAUAAUUAUUGUCGGGUUUCAAACUCAGCAAAUAUAUUGUGUACGUGACCGAAAUGGUGCCAUAACUGAAGGCGGCGCGGAUACGAUACACACCGUCUACUAUGCCUGGGCAAUGCAACAAGUGGAUCCGGAGGAGCUUGGGGAGGGUGCUAUCUACCCCAUCUGGAGGUUAAGAGAAAUGCAACAAAUCGGCGUCCAAGCUCUAAUAUGAUGGUGCUGUACUUAACCAUUGAUUCUAGGGAAAGACAGGCAUCGUUCUUGCGUCGGGGUAGAUCAAUUGAUUGCUUCUUCGUGUAGUAACUAGUUAGUUUGAUUUAUUGCUGUGAUUGGGACAGAAGCCCAUCCAGGUAGGAUUUUUCCGCUGCCAAUUUUGAGGGAUUAGCGUUACAGAAGAGAAAGUAUAAUUUUAUUGAUGUUUCGGCUCAUGUAAAAUAAAUCUGGAAACAGCCAUGAGAAUGAUUAAAAAAUGGUACUCUGCUGUUUUCAUUUGGUUC